UCUCUCUUCCAUACACUCAUCCUAUUCAGACUUGCAGCACACUAAACCAUUACCAAGCUCAAAAGAUAGAAGAAUCAUGCAGUCACUCUUGCGAUGGUCCAUAGAGAACUCAGCAGCAGACGCAUCCAAUGUCGAGCAGCCUCAACACACCCAACAACCAAGGCAGAUCGACCCAGGAAUCAUCGAUGCAAUUCUCGGUCGACCUGACAGCGUACUUAUGAAAGAAGCGUUGGAUGUUGCAACGAAAGAGGAAUCAGGCGAGGACGCGCGACUGCAGGCAUUAGACGACUUUGAGAUGCUUAUAGAACAAAUUGACAAUGCAAACAAUAUCGAGAAGAUGAGCAUGUGGCCCACUUUACGAGAUCUCUUGUCCUCAGACGCGUCGAGUGAUGCAAUUCGGGCGGCUGUGCUCUGGAUUAUAGGCACCGCUGUGCAGAAUAAUCCAUCCGCCCAGAAUGCUUAUUUGUCGCUAUCUGACUCCCCUUUGUCGGUGAUCCUUUCGCGUCUGGCUCCGAAUGAGUCUUCAUCCCAAACACGUUCAAAAGCUGUAUAUGCUUUGAGUGGUCUCCUGAAGCAUAACGCACGCGGUGUAAAGUUGAUGGAGGAGUCUGGUGGGUGGAAGAUACUCAAGGCCGCGCUUGAAGAUCCAGAUAUCACCGUUCGACGAAAAGCCGUUUUCCUUUUGAGUAGUCUGCUUCUACCCUCAGCACAUUCCUCUGCUUCCACUUCCUCUGAGAACCAACCACCAAGUGCACGCGUACACGGUUCUUCAGUGGAAAGCAGUGAUGCUCCUCAACAACCUGAACAUCCAAACUCGCAUGCUGGCAUGACGGCAGAGUCUACCGCCACGUCUGCCAUUACAUCGGCCGCGUUACAGGAACACGGAAUAUCAGGCGAUCUUGUACAGAGCCUUGUCAACCCGACUCCUCACGGAAUGGAUGGAGACCAAGAAGGUGACGCUGAUUUGGAGGAGAAACUUGUUAGAUUAUUCUACACAUACAUGACUUCGGCUGGUGGGCGGCUCGAACCGAACGAUAAGGAGUUAUUGCUGAAGUGGCUCCAGGAGCGAAGAGGGAAAGGAGAGCAUUGGGACCUCCAAGCACAGGAAUUGGAUACGCUGCAGGACUCUUUGCAACCUUGAUAUCGAUUCUUUCUUCAAUUGCAAGGCCAUGCAUGCUAAAACACGCAGCUUGACGUCAUCACGACUUGCUCAUUCUAUCAUUUACCAUGACUGUAUCGUACAUAGAGACGCAUAGUAAAACUAAAUGUAUAUUGAAUAUUACACAAAAUUGUUGAAUGUACAAAUUG